AUGACAGAGAUAAUCGGAGACGAUACUGUUCAAAAUACAUCAUCUGAAAUCAAAGAAAAUGCAAAUAUUAAUCCACUCUCAGACUCUGAUAAGACGAAUGAUAAUCAUAUUCAUGCUAAUAACAAUAAUCAAAAUGGAAUAAGUACUUUAUCUAUUGAUGUUGUUCGAGAUACAACAUCAGCAACCAGUAGUACUAGACAACGGACACCAAGCUCAACAACAAAAGAUGAAUGUAAAUAUAUAGGUGAUAUUUAUGAAGAUAAAAAACAUGGAAAAGGUGUCUUAUCUUGGCCUGAUGGUCGAAUGUAUACAGGCGCCUUUUUUGCUGAUAAACGACAUGGAUUUGGAAUUUUUCAUAAUCCAAAUAGUUCACAAUUCAAGGGUUUAUAUUGUCAUGAUGAACGAUUUGGUCCAGGUAUAUUAAUUUAUGAAUCUCUAAAAUGUGCUGAUGUUGGUUUAUGGUUAAAUGAAGAUCUUAUUCGUAUACUUUAUCCUCAUCCAAAACUCACAUUAGAUAUACGUAUAACAGAUAAAAAAUCUCAACAUUCAUCUUCACUUAUUAUUCCAUCAUGGUAUUCACCACAAGAAUUACUUUCAACUAUAUCUGAUCUUGAUUUUUUAUUAAAAAAUAAAUCUCCAACACUUUUUUGUAAUAAUAUUCAAUAUGAAAAUUCAUUGUUAACUCGAUAUAUUAUUGAACGUGCUGAUCGAGUACAAGAAGCAAUGCAAGAUAAACGUGAACAAAUAGAUGCUUAUUUAUCAAGUAUUUAUGAAAAAAAUGAUGAAAAAAUAUUAAAAGAAAAAAUUUUAAAAGAACGAACUCCAGAUAUAUUACCACCUAAUGAAACAUAUGAACAACAACAAUUAUAUUAUUAUGCUAAUAAAUUUUGGCCAUUUAAACAACGAGCAUCAUUUCCUAUUGAUGAUAUUUUUUCUAAUACUCGUUCUUCCUUUCCUAAGCCAGGUCCAUUAGAAAAUGUUUCAUUAAAUCUAUUUGAAUUAUCAUUUAAUGGUAAAGAAAAAGAUGUACGUAGUCUUCUAAUGCAACAACAUGUAUAUGUUGAUGUAUGUGAUUCUCAUGGUUUAACCGCUUUACAUUUUGCUACAUAUAAUGCACACAUAAAUGUUGUUAAUGUUCUUCUUGAUUUUGGUGCCAAUGUUAAUCAAUUAUCAGAUGAUGGUUUAACUCCACUUGCUCUUGCUUUUCUUCUUUAUUAUGGUAAUGAUCCUCAACAAACAAUUAAUACAGCUUUAGAACAUACAGAUCCUGUUAUUUUAAAUCCUCGAACAUCAAAUUUAACAGAAACAAAUAUAAUGACAUUAUCGAAACACAAUAUAACAAAUUCUUCAAAUAAUUUAACUAAUAAUUCAAAUAUAAUUAAAGAUGAUGCAAAAUUCUUAUCAUCAUUAGAAUCAAUGAGAAUAAAUGAUUCAGAUAAAAAAAAUUCAUAUGGAUAUGAAUUAACAGAUAAUCUUCGUGAACGUAUUCGUGAUGAAAAAUUUCGUGAAUCUAUUUAUUCUCUUAUUCUACUUCUUCUUCGUCGUGGUGCUGAUCCAUCACAUAGUGAUUGGCCUUUACCUAUACUUGCAUUAGCUGUUCGGGCUGGUGAUAAACAUAUGGUUGAAUUAUUAUUAAAGAAAAAAGUUCAAGUUAAUUGUCAAUUAGAUGCUAUUCGUCAUGCAGGCUUAACUCCAUUACAUAUCGCUUGUGGUUCUUCAUCAGAAAAUGCAAUUGAUAUUGUUCGACUAUUAUUAGAACAUGGUGCUUAUGUUAAUGCUGAAUCAUUAUCGGGUAAUAAAGAAUAUUUCUCACUUGUUGAUCCACUUAUUAUGAAUUCGAAUAAACGAAUUGAUACUCAACAACAUGGUCGUACACCUUUGCAUAUAGCAUGUACACGAGAAGCAACAUCAAAUACAUUAAAACUUGUUCGACUUCUUCUUGAAUAUCAAGCAAAUCCAAAUGCUGUUUGUAAUGGUCAAACACCACUUACACUUGCUAUUACUUUAGGCAAUCAACCUCUAGUUGAUUUACUUCUUGAUCAUGAAAGUACUGAUCCAUCAACAGUACUUGGUUUAGGAAAUGGAAAUGCAUUAUGUACUAUAUUAUCAACAUUUCACGAACCUGGUUGGACUUAUGCAAAACGAUUACAAUUAAUUGAACGUCUCAUAGAAAAAAACCCGAAAGUUCUUUAUCCUAUUCGAUUUGGUCCAAAAAAUAGUUUAGGUUCAUCAGUUGAUUUCGCUCAUUUUAUGUUUUCAGCUGAUACUCGAAUAUCUCAAACACCAUAUCAUUCAUUAACAAAUCAAGAACGUGUUAUUUACAGUGAACGAAAAGAAUUACUCACUCAUAUAGCUAAACGAUUUCGAGAAGAAGUUUCAAAAUAUGAAGAAUUUUUACGUUUACCAACACCAACAUUAGAUGGUUAUAAUCCAACGCCAAGUCCAGCUAAUCUAUUUUCACAAAAUUCAGUAUCACGAGCUUAUUCAUUUGUGACAGAAAAAACUCCUGAUGAUAAUUCAAAUACUAGAAUAACUGGUCAAUUUCGUUAUUGUGCUACAUGUGGUCGAAGUACUGGUGUACGACUUACUCUUUGUAAACGUUGUCAAAAAGCAUCAUUUUGUUCAAAAGCAUGUAAAAUAAAUGGAUGGAAUACUUUUCAUCGACAGGAAUGCCUUUCAACACCAAAGCCAACUAGUUCAUCAGAAAGGACAAUUGCAACAACGAAGAGUAUGUCAACAAAAACGAAGGACUUUAUAAGUUUGGAUCAUGGAUUAUUUAAAGAUAGUACUUUAUCGAUCAAAUCUCCAGCAAAAUCAAAUAAUAAUAGUAGAUUACCACCACUUUCAACAGCAAAAUUAUUAAGACAAAAACGAUUAAAAAAACUUGGAAAAUCAACUGGAAAUGUAUCAUCAAUGAUACCAAUUUCGUUAGAUGGUAUUCAAUUAUCAUGGAAUCCUACAUACAAUGCACCGGAAAACUACAGUUUUAAUUAA